AUGCGGAGCCGCGCCACGGCCCUCAUCUGGCACCCCUGGCACCCCGUCGCCUGCAUGGUCGACGACCUGUCCUCGUCGUCCACCGGGAGCUGCAGGGAGCUGUGGAGGAGCGUCAGGGGCGUCCAGCUGGUCGGCACGUGCAACGGCCUUCUUUGCCUAUGCAACAACGAGGGGAUGCCAGGUGGCGUUAUCACCCUUGUCAACCCGGCCAUCAGUGACAUGCUGCCCCUCCCACCGCUGCCAUCCGCCGACAAGUUCAUCGGGAGCUUCCACUGGAUGAACUGGCACGAGGCGUACAGCUUUGCGUACCAGCCGACGUCGGGGCGGUACAAGAUGGUGCACGUCCCAUGCAGCUUCGGCCACGUGUGUGAGUUCAAUGGCGUGCGUGUGCUCACGCUGGGGGAGACAUCAUGGCGGGAGGUGCCGACCCUCCCUGAGGGCGGGGCGAGGUGCAACCUUGGAGCUGGCAUUGUCAGCAUCGACGGCGCAACACACUGGAUCACACGGGGCGCCACCACGAGGGUCGUGUCAUUUGACCUCGAAGACGAGCACAUCACUUCCAUCACAGAGCUGCCCACACGGGCGGCCGGGCCUUGUCAUUUCCACCUGACGGAGGUACACGGGAGGCUGGGCAUUGUUAUCCAUGACCUCUCUGUCACGACGGAGGUCUGGAUUAUGGAGAAGGGACGGCGAUGGAGCCGCCGAUACAGCUUCAGACGGCAACACCUACCACGGCCACAUUUCGUGUACGGCGAGUAUGUUCUCACACGAGAGGAGUCAUCAUUGUAUGUUCACUACAGAAAGAAAGGCCCAUCAUUGUCCGGCGAAGUGGUGCAAGUCGGGCAUCGGGAUCAGGGGACGCUGGUUGCGGAGCUAAAGGUCAACUAUUCCCACAGUCAGUAUAGGACAUUCGCCUACGUGCAAACAACCGAACCACUAAGUGUUUAUGAGCCCAAUAAAUAUUAA